GCCCAUCAAUCUGAAACCACUUGCUCAAAUGACUCAUGUUCAGCCGUCAUAAAAGUUUAAUUGGCUCAUUUAAUUAACAGUGAGGGGAGAGACAUAUUUGUGAUGUUACUUAGAGGGGGGAAAAAUGACCUGUCUGGAUGACAAGUGUGUGCUGGAGCUCAUGAGCUUGAACUGAAGGGAUGAAAGUACCGGUAAGUAUCUUUCACAAGCACACUCAUUAUUUAUAUAUUUAGAUUAAUUUACUUUGUUAUGUCCCAAAAAUUGUCCCAAAAAAUAUGUGAUUUUGUUCUUGUUGGGGUUUUUUUUUUGUACCCUCUUAGCUGAUAACUGUUACCUUUGGGUGCAGGCAGGGUGCGCUCUGUGCAGAAGCAGCAUCACCUGACACGCUUGGGGGCGUGUCAUCGCCGUGCGUGCGCUCCCUUGCUGUGUCACCUUCACUGAUACCUGAACUACUUUACACCUUCCGACGAUGUCAAUAGAGUCAAAGAGCGGUGCAGCCUGAGCCAUGAGUCAGUUUCGGGCGUUAGUGGGUGUUCUGAGGAGCGGGCGUGCUGGGGGGAGUCAGUGGCUGCUGCGUGGGCCGGCCAGGAGGAGCUGGAUUGACCCCAGGAGAGGCUGCUCCUCCGGGCCCGCGCCUGUGCUCCCCGCCGUGGCCAACAGCUCCAACUAUGUGGAGGAGAUGUACUUUGCCUGGCUGGAGGAUCAUAAAAACGUGCACGAGUCUUGGGACGUGUUCUUCCGGAACAUCCAGGCCACCAGUCCGUCUGGCGAGGCGUGUGAAAGACGGCCCUCCGCUCUGCUCCAGGGCCGAGUGCUGUCCCAUUCACCUGACAUGGCACAGAAAGUGGUGGAGGACCACCUGGCUGUGCACACUCUCAUUAGAGCCUACCAGAUUCGGGGUCACCAUGUUGCCCAGUUAGACCCUCUGGGAAUCCUGGAGGCUGACCUGGACUCUUUUGUUCCAUCUGAUCUGAUCACCUCCAUCGAUAAAUUAGGUUUCUAUGGCCUUGAUGAGUCUGACUUAGAUAGGACCUUUCAACUGCCCCCCACCACCUUCAUCGGAGGUGGAGGCACCACUCUUCCUCUCAGAGAAAUAAUACACAGACUAGAGACAUCCUACUGCGGACACAUAGGAGUCGAAUUCAUGUUCAUCAACAAUGUGGAUCAGUGUCAGUGGAUCCGCCAGAAAUUUGAGACUCCAGGAAUCCUGCAGUUUACAAAUAAUGAGAAAAGAACUUUACUGGCCCGCCUGAUCAGAUCAACACGGUUUGAGGACUUCCUGGCUAGAAAGUGGUCUUCAGAGAAACGAUUUGGACUGGAGGGCUGUGAAGUGCUCAUCCCUGCUCUUAAAACCAUCAUAGACAAGUCCAGCGCUGCAGGCAUUGACAGUGUCAUCAUGGGGAUGCCUCACAGGGGUCGACUGAAUGUCUUGGCCAACGUGAUCCGUAAAGACCUGGAUCAGAUCUUCUGUCAGUUUGACCCCAAGUUAGAGCCUGCUGAUGAGGGUUCAGGUGAUGUCAAAUACCACCUCGGGAUGUACCACGAGAGGAUUAACCGUGAGACGGACAAGAACAUCACGCUGUCACUCAUGGCCAACCCCUCCCACCUGGAGGCAGUGGAUCCAGUGGUUCAGGGCAAGGCAAAAGCCGAGCAGUUCUACAGGGGAGACUCUCAGGGAAAGAAGGUGAUGUCGAUCCUAAUACACGGUGAUGCUGCUUUUGCUGGACAAGGAGUUGUAUAUGAGACUUUCCACCUUAGUGAGCUCCCCUCCUACACCACAUAUGGUACGAUCCAUGUGGUGGUCAACAACCAGAUUGGCUUCACUACAGACCCUCGAGUAGCCCGCUCCUCCCCUUACCCCACUGAUGUUGCUCGUGUUGUCAACGCGCCCAUCUUCCACGUGAAUGCGGAUGACCCCGAGGCUGUCAUGUACGUGUGCCGGGUGGCUGCAGAGUGGAGGUCCACAUUCAACAAGGAUGUCGUCAUUGACCUGGUUUGUUACAGACGAUUUGGCCACAAUGAGAUGGACGAGCCCAUGUUCACCCAGCCGCUGAUGUACAAGCGGAUCCACCGGCAGGAGCAUGUGCUGAAAAAGUACUCUGACAAGCUCAUUGCAGAGGGAGUGGUGACGCUGCAGGAAUUUGAGGAGGAAGUUGCCAAAUAUGACAAGAUAUGUGAGGAAGCAUACACCAGCUCCAAAGAUGAAAAGAUUUUACUGAGUCGCCACUGGCUUGACUCCCCCUGGCCAGACUUUUUCACAGCAGAGGGAGAGCCCAAGAGCAUGGGCUGUGUCCCCACAGGACUAGAUGAGGAGGUUCUGCAGCACAUCGGCCAGACAGCCAGCUCUGUGCCUCAGGAAGACUUCAAGAUACACCCUGGCGUGUCUCGUAUCCUGCGUGGUCGAGCUGACCUGGUGAAGAAUCGGCAGAUGGACUGGGCUCUAGGAGAGUACAUGGCCUUUGGUUCUCUUCUCAAAGAUGGCAUCCAUGUGCGACUCAGCGGGCAGGAUGUAGAGCGGGGCACCUUUAGCCAUCGUCAUCAUGUUCUGCACGACCAAGAGGUGGACAAACGUAUCUGUGUUCCCAUGAACCACCUGUGGGACAAUCAGGCUCCUUACACCGUCUGCAACAGCUCCUUAUCAGAGUAUGGGGUGCUAGGUUUUGAGCUGGGCUUUGCCAUGGCCAGUCCAAAUGCUCUGAUCCUGUGGGAGGCCCAGUUUGGAGACUUUAACAACACAGCGCAGUGUAUCAUUGACCAGUUCAUCAGCCCAGGCCAGGCCAAAUGGGUCCGCAAUAAUGGCAUUGUCUUACUGCUUCCACAUGGGAUGGAGGGAAUGGGCCCAGAACAUUCAUCAGCUCGACCUGAACGCUUCCUGCAAAUGAGCAAAGAUGACUCCGAUCACUUCCCUGAGAUCAGUGGAGAUUUCGAAGUCCAGCAGCUGUACGAUUGUAACUGGAUUGCGGUGAACUGCUCCACGCCUGCUAACUACUGUCAUGUGCUCAGACGUCAGAUUCUAUUGCCGUUCAGAAAACCGCUGAUUAUUUUCACUCCAAAGUCCCUGCUGAGGCAUCCCGAUGCAAGGUCCAGUUUUGAUGACCUUGCCAAAGACACUAAAUUCAAGAGGCUGAUCCCAGAGGAGGGCCCUGCCAGUCAAAGUCCAGCCAAAGUGAAGAGGGUGAUUUUCUGCACUGGGAAAGUCUACUAUGAACUGGCUAAAGAGAGGAAAGUGCAAAAACUGGAAGAAGAUAUUGCCAUCACAAGACUAGAACAGAUCUCUCCAUUCCCGUUUGACCUGGUCAAAGCAGAAGUGGAGAAGUAUGCCAAUGCUGAGCUGAUUUGGUGUCAGGAGGAGCACAAGAACAUGGGCUACUAUGAUUACGUCCGGCCACGUUUUCUGACAGUAGUGGCAAACAAGAGACCCAUUUGGUAUGUAGGACGGGACCCAGCAGCUGCUCCUGCGACAGGAAACAAGUCCACCCACUUCAAUGAGCUGAAGAGGUUCAUGGACACAGCUUUCAACCUGAGCGCCUUCCAGGGAAAGGACUUGUAAUUGAGAAACUGGAACAAGAGGCAGCCUAGAGGUGCAAUUUCAUCUUCAACCACCAUGGUGUUUUUAUUAAGUCUUGGGGUGGAAUAGUGGCACAUUUUAAACACUUUCAGCUUCGUGACAAUCUUAAACAUAGUGAUGUGUUGUUGCUAAAGAUAAUUUUAAGAAAGAUAAGUCUGAAUCGCACAUGAAGAAAACUGCAUUUUGUUUAGAGAUGGUUACUAUGUCACAUGAAAGGAUCUUUGUUCUGCCUUGACUUAGGGACACAUUACAUUUAGUACACUGACUCCUAUCUAAUCCUAGCUUGCAGUCCUUCAUGAUCUGCAUUACCUGUUAUGUGAAAAGCAUCCUAAAGCACAACUUGAACAACUUGAACAACUUGAACACCAACAACAACAACAAGAGAAGGCAAAAAAUGGUCACUCUAGUCUUCCAACUAUGCAGAGUUACCCGUCUACAACGGUUAGGGGACAUAGUAAUUCAUUAAGAUAUAUCAUUUAUCUUUUCUGUAUUUAGAUAUCCACACUUUCACCCUCUUUAACCUUAUAAAUCCUGAUAAUCUUGACUGAGAUAGGACCCUUCAGCAGAGGGCCUUUUAGGAGGGCAAACAGAAUAACUGCAUUUUUUUACCUAUUAGUACUGUAUUGUCUGGAAACAACUGCACACAUACAUGUUCAGCCCCUGAAUAGUGCUGCACUUCCAACAUUUUUUUUUUAGUAAAUAUUAAAAAAAACCUUUAAUAUAACAUUUCAAACCAAAUUUUCACCUAGUUGAUGGGUGAUGUAGCAAUAGCAAUGACUGUUAUAGGAGUAUAUUUAGUACUACUCACUGCAGUAUAUGACUACUUGUAUGUAUUUUAUAUGUAUUGAUUUGUAUUUGUAUGGAUAUUUUUAGUAGCAAAGAGACGCACACAGAACACCAACUGGUGUACUUAAACAAUGAAUGUGAAAUACAUAUCACAGGUAUGAAGACUGUUCUGAAAUGUAACACCUCAGUAGGUUUAGUGCCUGCUUUUGCUUUGGCUACCUUAGCUGUUCGUGAUGGAGUCUGUAUUUAUUGUCACACCUCACUUCACCAGGAGACAUGAGCCAGCUGGCACAGAGAUGUGCAGCCAUGUUUUUUACUUAGGACAUACGGCCCAGCUUCCUCUUAGGAGGCUGAGGGAUGCACAUACGUAAACACAGAAAAGCCUUAGCUGCUUUGAGAGAAAUUCUGAUGCCUGGCUGUCAUGUCGGAGUUCCCAGGCGUUUAACAGAACUGAAGAACUGAUAUUAGUUAACACUUUGCUUGGAAAAUGCUCCUUUAAAUGAUGCACCCUGUUGUUAUGCCACACUGAAGCAUACCUUUCCAUAUAUAUGCCAUGCACAAAGUUUAUCAUGCUUAUUUAAAUAUUUUAAUUAGCAUUAGCAUUAUAUUCUGUUGUCAAUCUCUCUGUUGUAGGUUUUUAAAGGAAAUAAUAUUUUCAUAUGCUGGGGGGGGGAGGCAGGGAAUAUAUGCACAAAUUUAUGGAGUUGUGCUUACUCAGAGUAAUAAAACACAUAAUAUGUAUUUAAGUUUAA